GAAUGAAACAUUGAAACGCACGCGCAGCAGAUUUUUGUUGUAUUUUGUGUAUUUUUAUUCAGAGAAAAUAUUUAAAUAUUGUGAGGGUAUGGUUUUCAAAAUUCGAAAUACCAAAAUAAAAAGAUGUCUUCCUCAAACUCCCGCUUCUUCUUCUCUAUCUCCAAUUAAGAGAGAGAAAGAGAUUUCGGCUAUGCCAUCCAGAUCUUUCCAUUUCCAUUAUUAGCUAUGGAUUCUAUGCCUGAUGCCAUUCUCCAAUGCAUCUUGUCCCGAAUCACCAAUGCUCGUGACGUGUCAUCUUGCAAUUGUGUUUCCAAGAGAUGGAAGGACUCCACUCCCUACAUCAGAACCCUCUACUUUCCUCGCAGCUCAUUUGAAACCCCUUCUUCUUCUUCUGAGGGUGCUGACAAUAUCAUCAAAAGAAUGGUGUCAAGAGUGGUGAAGUUAGAGGAGCUAAUUGUGUAUAGCCCCUUUUCCCCUGAUGGCCUUGCAUCAUGGCUCUCACUGGCGGGGCAAACUCUUCUUCAACUCGAGCUCCGAAUGGACAACCUUGCUGACAAUCGGGGCUUCCAUGAAAGCCCUUCCAAAUUGGACUAUAUUGGUGCUGCUAAGAAUUUGGAGUCUCUGAAACUGUGGGGUGUGUUGAUGGUGCGUUCCCCCAAAUGGGAUGUGUUUCCUAACCUCAAGAACCUUGAAAUUAUCGGUGUAAGGUUGGAGGACCCUGUGUUGAGUGUGGUGCUUCGCUCAUGCCCGGUUCUCACCAGGUUGUUGCUGCUUGGAUGUGAAGGGGUUAGGUCGGUCUCUAUUGAGUUGCCAUGUUUGGAGGAGUGUAAGCUGGAUUUUUAUGGGAUGGGGAACUCUUCUCUCACUUUGACUUCCCCGCAAAUUGAGUCCCUUGAGGUACAAGGCUGUAGCUGGAUUAGGGUCCCUGAAACCAAGCAUUUGAGGAAUCUUUCCAUAUCCAACAGUGCAGGGAGAGUGUAUAUGGUUGAUUUUGGAAAUCUUUCAGCUCUGGAGUAUCUGUGUAUGAGAGGAAUCCAGUGGUGCUGGGAUGCCAUUUGCAAAAUGCUGAGAUUGGCAAGUAAGGUGAAACACCUCUAUAUGAAGGUUGAAUUCACUGGGGACUAUGAUGCACUUCAACCCUUUCCAGAGAUUGAUUUUGUUGACUUCUUCAACAGCCAUCAAAAGCUACAAAAGUUUGAUAUUCAUGGAGCCAUGUUUGCAGCUCUAUGCCAGAAGAACAGUCUCAAACAUGUGGAUUCAGGAUUCGGGAUUCCGUUUUUGGAGGAGGUUGUGAUCACAGUGAGGUCACCUCUUAAUGCUGAACAGAAAAUGAGUACUCUUGAAUCAUUGCUGAAGUACGGGAAAAAUCUUAGGAGAAUGGUUAUAAAGAUUCUUGAGAUGAAGAGCUGCCAUAGUAGUGCUGAUGAUUUUUUUGACGAGAUUUGCCGGUUCAGAUAUAUGAACCAUAACAUAGUUCGAAUAGAAUAAAGCCCAUUAUUAUUUCUUGAUGCCUUCUUAAUUUCAGACACUUUUUCUUUGGAGCUAAUUAUCUGUUAAAUUUUUCUCUGGUAUACGAUUUUGUUGUAUUGAUUUUGAACUUCAUUUGAAAAUUGACUGUCGUUUUAGUAAAUUUGGAGAAUAAAUUUAGCAUCCC